AGUCUCUCCUGGUGUAGACGCGGAGGCUCGGCCCCUCGGGUAAGUAACAGAUGCGGGUGAAAGAGCCAUCCAAAGUUGCAGCUGAGAAAGCCAAAAGAAGUAAAAGGCCUCUUGUACCUCACGAUGAAGACUCUUCCGAUGACAUUGCUGUAGGUUUCACGUGCCAACAUGUAAGUCAUGCUGUCAAUGUGAAUCAUGUGAAAAAAGCAAUAGCAGAGAAUGUGUGGUCAGUUUGCUCAGAAUGUUUGAAAGAAAGAAGAUUCUAUGAUGGACAGCCCGUACUUCCUUCUGAUAUUUGGUUGUGCCUCAAGUGUGGUUUUCAGGGAUGUGCUAAGAACUCAGAAAGCCAGCAUUCACUGAAGCACUUCAAGAGUUGGAGAACAGAGCUUCAUUGUAUCAUAAUUAGUCUGAGCACGUGGAUUAUAUGGUGUUACGAGUGUGAUGAAAAAUUAUCAACGCAUUGUAAUAAGAAAGUUUUGGUUCAGAUAGUUGAUUUUCUCCAGAAACAUGUUUCUAAAACGCAAACAAGUACCUUUCCCAAAAUUAUAAAACUUUGUGAAGAAAAAUGUGAAACAGGUGAAAAAAAGAAGGGAAGAAAAGGCAGCUGUAUAACAUCUGUAAAGGGAAUUACGAAUUUAGGAAAUACCUGUUUUUUUAAUGCAGUUAUGCAGAACUUGGCACAGUCUUAUAUUCUUACUGAACUGAUGAAUGAGAUAAAAGAAAAUGGUACAAAGCUCAAGAUUUUUCCUUCAUCAGACUCUCAACUGGACCCAUUAACGGUAGAACUUUCGAGCCCUGGCCCGCUGACCUCAGCCUUGAUCCUGUUUCUUCACAGCAUGAAGGAAACUGAAAAAGGACCGCUCUCUCCUAAAGCUCUUUUCAGCCAGCUGUGUCAGAAAGCCCCUCGAUUUAAAAGUUUUCAACAACAGGACAGUCAGGAGCUUCUGCAUUAUCUGCUGGAUGCAGUGAGGACAGAAGAAACAAAGAGAAUACAAGCUGGCAUUCUAAAAGCAUUUAACAACCCAACAACUAAAACUGCUGAUGAUGAAACUAGAAAACAAGUCAAAGCAUAUGGAAGAGAAGGUGUGAAAAUGAAUUUCAUAGAUCGGAUCUUUAUUGGUGAACUGACUAGCACAGUCAUGUGUGAAGAAUGUGCAAAUGUUUCCAUGGUGAAAGAUCCUUUUAUUGAUAUUUCACUUCCUAUAAUAGAAGAAAGGCAUCAACUAAUUCAUGGCAGAAAACGUACAAGGAAAUUGCCAUCUGGAGAAGAUAAAGCUGUUGUCAUAUACCGGAAAAACAGAAACUCUGAAGUGAACAGGGAUUCUUCAGUGUUCGUGAGCAUCAUGAACACUGGGUCACCUCUGACUGAAAACCCUACUGACGGCAGUACAAAAGAAGCCAGCAAUUCUGAAAGUAGUGUCGAUGCUGACAGUGAGGCUUCGGAAUCUGAAAGUGCUUCUAAGAAGACCCUGUUGCCAAGAUCCAGUAGUGGCUGCUGGGUGCAUACAAAUGGGCAUCACCAUCCCUCAGUGUGCGAGACACCCCGCAAGGAGACCAACAGUGGUGAUGAGGAUGUGGCUGAUGCUAUUUCUGAACUUCAUUUAAGCAGCACUGUAACUGGAGAUAGAGAUUUUGAUGAGGAAAAUCAGCCACUAAGUCUUGCAAAUAAUUUAUAUUUUUCAGAGGGGAGGCAUAUGAUGUCUUCCAGCCCCCAAAAUGCUUUUCAGACCCUUUCUCAGAGCUAUGUAACUACUUCUAAAGAAUGUUCAGUUCAGUCUUGUCUCUACCAGUUUACAUCUUUGGAAUUAUUAAUGGGGAAUAACAAGCUUCUAUGUGAGAACUGUACUGAAAAGAAACAGAAGUGCCAAAGGGAAACCAGUUCUGCAGAAAAGAAAGCAGAGGGGAUUUACACUAAUGCCAGGAAGCAGUUGCUCAUUUCUUCUGUUCCAGUUAUCCUAAUACUCCAUCUUAAAAGAUUCCAUCAGGCUGGAUUGAGUCUUCGAAAGGUAAACAGACAUGUAGAUUUUCCACUGAUACUUGAUUUAGCACCAUUCUGUUCUGCUACUUGUAAGAAUGUACAUGUGGGAGAGGAAGUUCUCUAUGGUCUGUAUGGCAUAGUGGAACAUAGUGGCUCAAUGAGAGGAGGUCACUACACUGCGUACGUGAAAGUGAGAACACCCUCCAGGAAAUUAUGGGAACAUGUCACUGGAAAGAAAAGUGUACCUGGUUUGAAAGAACCGGAUAGUGAAUUGGCAGGCCAGUGGGUCCAUGUCAGUGACACUUAUGUGCAGGUGGUUCCAGAAUCAAGAGCACUUAGUGCACAAGCAUAUCUUCUUUUUUAUGAAAGAAUAUUUUAAUUAUUUGUUCAUUGUUAAGGGUGAUGAUUAUUUAGAUCACUUUUAUUUAAAUGCUGCAAUGAUAACCAUAAUACGCAAUGUGCCUUUGUAGUCUCUUCUCUUCUGUAGGAGUAGUAUGUCCCUCAAAUGCUCCUGAACAUUUUUACCUUUUUGGUGAAUCCGCUUAAAGUAAAUUAAAUUUAGUCAAUGCUUCCAAAUAUAUAUUUUUAAAAUAAAUGUAAACACAUGUUUAAAAAAUUGUGUGUCUUGGAACAAAAGUAGAAUUUCCAGUAGUAGAGGAAAUGCCUUUAUGAUGUAGAUUAUUAUUAUAAGCAUUCAGAAAUGAUGUUGGCUAAGUCAGAUCCUUCCUUAAACAGUGUUACCCAGAUGUGAGUCACAUGCCACCUUUCUGAUAUAUAUGUAUUUACCAUGCCAUUAUUUACUUAAAAUUUUUUACCUUAUUUUUAGCUUUACUUUUUUUAACCAUAGCCCUAUUUUGAGCAUAUUCCACAUUUUAUGUGCUAGUUGUGUUUUUUAUAAUAAACCUUAAAGUAAUAUGUAACUAUUAAAGAAAAAUUGUUCAUUCAUGUAGUAGUUCACUUAAAAUCAUCUCAGGACUAUCCGGUGGUAUAUGUAUGCUGUUGCAUGGGUAACAUUGUUAUCACAUGUCCUUGCACAACUGACAUGGUGACUUUGUCUUAUUUUGUAUAAUUCAGCCAUAUAAAAAGGUAUCAAUAUAACUUCAGUCAUAUGGAUUUACAAAUAAUAUAUUGAUUAGCUUAGCUUUGAAGUUUUGAGACAUAGGAAAAUACAUGUAACCUAUUCAUGGUAGAGUUGAGGAUAAUUUGCAAAUAAUUAGCCAAGGUCAAACUAUAAUUAUAGAUAAUUCUAACAUGCAGAAUUGAUAAGUAGAAGUUGUUAAUCCAUAUGAAACCAUAGGAUAACUUUGAAAUAUAAAUUACCAAAUUUGUCAAUGAUAGACAAUUGUAUUCUUCUUAUAUUUAACAAAGAAGUCUAAUACAUUUUUAGUGCUAUAAAUCAGUAAGUAUUAACCAUGGUUUUAGGGUUUUGCAACCCCUUGGUAUUCAACAAGCAUCAUUAAUAAGUUCAAGUGAGUUUAGCUUUUAUUUUAAUGGGGCAUGAAGUUGGCAUUUGUGAUUUUCUUUUUAAAUAAGUUAUUGCAAAGGUAUGAUGGUUUAAAAAAAGAUAUGAUGGUUUUUCCUCUAGAAUACAAAUUAUUAAGCUGUUAAAGCUUGGCAGGAAAACAUUACUAUUACUUGGGCUUAAAUUUUAAAAAUAAUUGCUACCUUGGUAUCACUUUACUGAAUCAAAGCAUCCUAAUCAUUAAUACCAGUGAAGAUACUACAUACAGGCAGGUGCUGGGUUAAGUACUUAGUUCUAGUUAACUCUUCACUUGGGAAGGAAGGAUAUGAAUAGAGGCUGGAGAUAAUUGCGAAAAUAUUUAACCAAGACUCUGGUUAUACAUUACAUUAUCAAGGUUACUAGUGCUGCCUUUUGAUACAUGGAUGAAUGGAAUUGUGAUUAUUGUUAAAGAUGGUAAUAAUAUACAAAAUGAACAACUGAAAAGUAUCAUGGCACAAAUUCUAUUUUUAAGCUGUUGCAAUUUCAAUAGUAGUAAUUUUCUUGAUUUUUAACAGUGAGAUGAUGGAGAAAUAUAGAUUAAUCUGCAAACUCAGGUUGUUUGUCCUAUAAAAGGUGGUUUAAACAGUGUUUAAAUUAGUGUCUAUGUUUAAUUGUAAUUCAUUAACAUUGAAGAUUUCAGUUCCAGAGUAGUGAAUUUUUUUUUUUUGAGAAAUACUAAAUGUCUUUAUUCAAGUCAGACAUCUUGGUAACAACAGUUACCAUUCACUACCCCAAAUGUAAAUAUUGUAACCUCAUUUUUCUCCUAGAAAGGACACUAUUAAGAGGCAUGCAUUUUUCAUUGGAUGGUCACCUCCUUCUUCUAUCAUUGAUAGUAGAAAGAGAAAGAGGGAAGUAGAGAGGAAGAGAGAAAGGAAGGGAAACAAGAGCAUUCUUUUCUGUUGCCUUUUGGCUUGUCCCUUACACAACUAAAGUCAGAGAUGGUAAGUGAUAAGUAAGGGCCAGAAUCAAUGAAAGUUCCUAGUUCCUCAUUUUACUGACUGGAUGCCAGGAAAUGCACCAGUGCUGUGCUCAUCAAACAGGAGAUAUUUAAAGCUUUAUUCUGAGUGCCAGUCAAACUGCUUUUUCAUUAAGUGAGUGAUAUAUUGUCGCUUCAGAACAUUACAUCCGUACUGAAGUACUGCAGUAGUUUUUAUGCUGUAACUUCACAUUUACUCAUUAUGUAUAUCUGCUGUCGGACAGGCACUGUGCUGACAUUAUUUUAACACAUUUUAAAAUGGAGAGGCUUAUGUAAGUGUUAGACAUUACCCCAUGAGUAACAUACAAAUAAAAAUACUUUUUCAUUUCCAAAAUGUUAAAUGAGAUAAUUCUAAAAUCUUUUUUUUAUGGCCUAGGAUUUAUGAAUGCUUUUCCAGCUUUGUUGAUAAUGUAAUAAAUUUUUUUUUGAAACCUAAGAAUUUUCUAAUGAUAGCUUUGUAAACGGAAAAAGUAUGUUAAGUUACACAUGGAUCUGCAUUUAAAUUUUUGUUUGUAUUUUGAAUAUUUCAAAGCACAUUUGCAGGGGUACAAAAUGGUGGAGCUACUAUAAUAACUGUAGUUUCCAGAUAACCUCAGGAAACAGUACAAAUAAGUGAGAAUGUUUACAGAUCCUCAAAACACUGACCAUAAUGUUUGGCCAAGUGAAUUUAAAAAGUAAAGCAGAGGAGUUUCACUAGCUUUAUUUCAAAACUGGAUUAGAAAGUAUGUCUAAUCCCAGUUUCCCCUAGUUUUUCCAUAUUUAAAAUGAUAAAAUUUUGAUUAUGUGCCAAUUAUGUAAAUAUUUUUGACAUACUCAAGUAUAUGUCUAUAUUUACAAUUUUGUCAUUUAAUGUUUUUAAACUUGAUGUGAAGACCACAUUUUUGGGUGGCCAAGGAGAGUGUUAGUUUGGUGUUGGUUCUCAGAGCAGUUAUUUGAUACCUGUUUUUUUAUUUUAAAUGUGCCAACAGAGCUAUUUUGCAAUAUAAUAUUUAAUAGCUCUUUGCUUGCAUGUGAUUUUACUCAGUGAUUUUAUACAAUAGUUCAAUAAAAUUCCUUGAAGAUUAAGUUGUGAAAUAUAUCACCUUCUUCUAAUUUUUGUAGUAUAUAAUAACAUGCUGCCUAGUUUUCUUAGAUUUAUAUUCAUAAUUUAUUUAUCUGCAUGUUACAUGAUAAAUAAGCUUAAACCAAAUAUGUGCAGUAAAAUUGAGCAUUUAUAUAUUACAUAAUGCAUAGAGAAAGACUAUAUUUAGAUAUUUAAAAUGUUUUGUUUAUGUAAAAUUCAUCGAUUCAAAUCUGUUUAAAAGACAACUAUAUUUUUAAUUUUGAGUAACAUUGGAUAAUACAUCAUUCCUACUGUUUUAUCUUUAUUUUUUUUGUCAGUGUUUUUAGAAAAUAGCUAAUUAACUUAUUGAGCAUUAUUUCAAUAUUCCUGUAUAAACAUGCAUAAUAAAUAUUAAAUUCUCAUUUA